CUCAAUGGGUGGGAAGAAGAAGAAGAGUGCAGGUGUAAGUCCUGCUCCUGCAGCUCCAGAUUCUGCAGCCAAGAAACAGCAACAACAGCAGCAGCAGCAGAGACCAAACACCAAAAGCACUAAAGUUUAUAUGAGUGUCUCUUGUUUUCCUACAGCACCGAAAACCUACACCCUGUCCAGCACCACCUCCAGCCAGGGAGAGUCUGGAGGAGUCUCAGAAAAAUCAGUGCUGAAGGUCGUCAUUCAGCCGGUCCUGGAAAAGAAAAUAAUCAAACUGAUCAAUGAUCACCGACAGGAACAUGCGGACGGUGGACCGAUCUCCGGUAGACUCACCUCCAAAAAACUACUGGACCUGUACACGGCUCUGCAGCUGUUUGGAUUUAAAACAGAUCACAUCGAAGAAUCCAUGAAGAGCAGCGUUCUGUACGGAGGUGAUCUUCACUCAGCGCUCGACUGGCUCUGUCUGAAUCUUAGAGACGAUGAGCUGCCGGAGGGGUUCAGCCAGAGUUUACGUGAGGAGACCAGCAAGAGUCGAGCCAAGUUUCAGCACCCAAAAGAAGAACCGAACCAAGCAGGGAUGAAAAACUGUGGCUCUAAACCUGAGGAGAAACCGAGAGCGCAGGUGAAGGACGACGGAGCGAGUAUGAAGGAGUGGAUCCUACGAUACGCACAACAGAAAGAGGAGGAGAGCAGCGAGGAAGAGGAGGAUGAAGAAGGGAACGGUGGUGGCUCUCAGAAUAAAGAGAUGGAUGAGGAGUUUGAUCCUAACGAGCGCUACCUGCUGCUGACGGCUCAGCUGUUCGAUGCCAAGGAGGCCGCAGCACAAGCUAAAGAAAAGAAGGACAAAGCGGCGCAACGCAGCGCGCAGGACCGAAUCCGCGUGAUACAACAAGAGAUGAAGCCACUGGAGUCUCAUCCGGUCUUCAACCCCGCCAUCAAAAUCACUGACGUCCCUAAAGAGGAGAAAAAACCCAGAGCUCCGGCUGUGAGCGACCAGGACGAGCAGCUGAACUUCAGCUUGUUUGAACAAGCCAAUCAAACACCAGCGGAAAAAACGGAAAAGGUGAAGAAGGAGCCGAAAGACAUCCGUGAUUUUGACUACACGAGUCGUAGCUGGACAGGAAAAUCACCCAAACAGUUUCUGAUCGACUGGUGCAGGAAGAACCUGCCCAAGAGCCCAGCGCCAUCUUUUCAGAAAGUUCAGGCUGGAAAAUACUGGAAGUGCAGGGUGCGGAUUCAGAGACCCGAAGACGUGCUGGAGGUGUGUCCCACCAUCCUGACGGAGGACGGCAUGCAGGCGCAGCACCUAGGAGCCACGCUGGCUCUGUACACCCUGGUGAAGGGACAGUCAGUGCAUCAGCUGCUGCCCCCUCCGUACCGGGACGUCUGGCUGGAGUGGCGUGACGGAGAGCAGCAGCAGGAGGAGCGAACGCGCUCGGCCGUCAACAAACCGCGGGACCAGUUCAUCUCUCGCCUCCUGACUCGCCUCAAGCAGCAGCAGCAGCAGUCUGAGCCACGCCCUUCGGCGCAGGGUCCCGCUCGCUGCACCGAGGAAUCGUGGGAAGCGCUGGCGGAGAAUGAAGCGGUGGAGAAGGAGGAGAUGAAGAGAGACGGGCAGGAGGACGAAAAGUCACGAUCACUGUUUGUAAAACUCCGCAACUCAGAGCUGGCUCAAAGGUUGUUAUCAGACCGCCAGCGGCUGCCCGUGUAUCAGCACCGGGCGCGAGUGCUGGAGACUCUACGGCGCCACCGCGUGGUGGUCGUGGCGGGUGAGACGGGCAGCGGGAAGAGCACACAGAUCCCUCAGUUCAUCCUGGAGGAGGUGCUGGGUAGGCAGCGGGAGGGAGGAACCAAGGGGUGUAACGUAGUGGUCACUCAGCCGAGAAGAAUCUCCGCCAUGAGUCUCGCUAACAGAGUCAAUCAGGAACUGGGGAGCGAGGAGCCACCGGGGAGCAAGAACACGCUGUGUGGAUAUCAGAUCCGAAUGGAGAAUCGAUCUAGCUCCUCUACACGCCUGCUGUACUGCACCACCGGGGUCCUGCUGAGAAAACUCCAACAGGAGCCGCUCCUCUCCUCCAUCACACACAUCAUCGUGGACGAGGUUCACGAGCGCAGUGUACAGUCGGAUUUUCUCCUCACCAUUCUGAGAGACGUGAUCCAGAAGCGCUCAGACCUGCAGCUCGUCCUCAUGAGCGCUACGGCAGACUGCAAUAAGUUUGCUAAGUAUUUUAACCGCUGUCCCAUCGUCAGCAUCCCCGGCAAAACCUUCCCUGUAGAGGUGUUUCACCUGGAGGACAUCGUGGAGGAGACAGGAUACGUACUGGACCAGGAAUCUGAGUACAGUCAGAGAUUUGUAGAGGAAGAGGAGGACGUCAGCAUCUCCAUCACGCAGAAAGGAGGAAAAACCCUGCAGCACCAGGAGACGAUUACGCGGGACCCCGGUUCAUGCAACGAUUUGGGACCAGAGCUGGAUCAUUUCAGCAAACGGACUCGUCAUGCUCUGCAGCACAUGAACCCAAACAAGAUCAACAUGGAGCUGAUCCUGGAUCUGCUCGACUACCUGGAUAAGUCGCCCCAGUUUGCAUCGACCCCUGGUGCCGUGUUGCUCUUCCUUCCCGGACUGGCUCACAUUCAGCAACUUUACGACCUGCUCAAAACCGACAGGAGGUUUAAUUCUAAAGACAGGUAUAAGCUGGUGGCUCUGCACUCCACUCUUUCCUCUCAGGACCAGGCUGCGGCGUUUAUAGCGGCCCCUCCAGGAGCCAGGAAGAUCGUGCUGUCUACCAACAUCGCUGAGACUGGAGUCACUAUUCCAGAUGUGGUGUUCGUCAUCGACACGGGCAAAACUAAAGAGAAUCGGUACCAUGAGAGCAGUCAGAUGAGUUCUCUGGUGGAGACCUUUGUGAGUAAAGCCAGUGCUCUUCAGAGGCAGGGGAGAGCGGGGCGUGUCCAAAACGGCUUCUGUUUUCGCCUCUACACAAACGGCAGAUUUAAUAGUUUUGUUGAUUACUCCAAACCCGAGAUCCUCCGAGUUCCGCUGGAAGAGCUCUGCCUCCACAUCAUGAAAUGCCAGUAUGGUUCCCCGGAGGACUUCCUGUCCCGUGCGUUGGACGCGCCCCCUCAGCAGGCUGUGUGUAAUGCAGUAAGUGUGUUGAGAAAGAUUGGUGCGUGUCAGGUAGAGAGUUACACUCUCACCCCGCUGGGCCACCACCUCGCCUCACUGCCCGUCGACGCCAAGAUUGGCAAGAUGCUCGUCUUCGGGGCGGUGCUUGGCUGCCUGGAACCCAUCGCCACCAUAGCUGCAGCCAUGUCUGAGAAAUCGCCGUUCUCCACCCCCAUGAACAGAAAGGAGGAGGCCAACCUGGCCAGAGACGCUCUAUCCAUGUCCAGUUCAGAUCAUCUGACCAUCUAUAAUGCUUACCUAGGAUGGAAGAAAGCAUGUCAGGAUGGUUUACGUACUGAAAUGGCCUUCUGCAGAAAACACUUCCUGAACCGAACCGCUCUCAUCACUAUCGAGAACGUGAAGCAGGAGCUGGUCCGAAUGGUGCAGCAGACUGGACUGAACACUUCUACAUCCUCGUCCUCCAUGUCCUUCUCCAAACAGGAAGUGCCGGUUAUAGUGGCCGUUCUGAGUGCAGGGGUUUACGAUAACGUGGGGCGCAUCAUUCCUACCCCGUCCGUCCUGCCCGAGGAGCGUAUAGCGUGCACAGUGGAGACGCCGCAGGGGAAAGCACAGGUCCAUCCGUCCUCUGUUAACCGCAACCUGCAGACUCACGGCUGGCUGCUCUACCAGGAGAAGGUGAAAUAUUCUAAAGUCUACCUGCGAGACACCACCCUCACCUCUCCGUUCCCCAUCCUGCUGUUUGGAGGAGAUAUCGAUGUUCAACACCGGGAGAGACUCGUCUCUGUGGAUGGAUGGAUUCACUUUCAGGCUCCUGUUCGAAUUGGUGUGAUCUUCAAACACCUGCGUCAGCUCCUUGACUUACUGUUGGAGCGAAAGCUGGCCAAUCCCAAACUCAGUCCGGAAGACGAAAAGACCAUACAGAUCAUCAUUGAGCUGAUUAAAUCUGAGAAUGCUCCACGCUGAGGCUGCUUCGGUUACCGAUUGACAAACAGACUGUAACUGGGUGUGUGAGCUGAAUCAGGACUGUUAGAGAGGGAAUAAUCCACAUCCUUGGAGAUAAGAAUGAUACUGAGACAUUUCAGAAAGGUGAGGGACCGUUCCUACCUUCUCAGUGGGAGAAGAAGAUUAUUCUCCUGUACUGUGUUUACAUGCAUUGUGAAAUCUGAAUAAAAGUAUUUUAACACUGUA